UUCUCGAUCAGCUGACGGCUUGACAGUGUCCUUAUGUCCUGUCUCUAACUUCAAAAAAUUGUGUUUUGGUCGUGUAAAUAAACAAAAUAUAUAAAUUAAACAUUAAAAUAAAUUGAAUAAAUAUGACAAAAGUGUGUGUUUUUAUAGCUUUAUUGUUAGUAGUGCUUGUAAAUUGUGAACAAAAUACACCAAUAGUUAUAACAACUUGGGAUUUUGUUAAUUCCACUAUAUCCGCAUGGAAUAUCCUUAAGCAAGGUGGCAUUUCUCUGGAUGCAAUAGAAAAGGGCACAUCAGUAUGUGAGGAACAGCAAUGCGAUGGAACUGUAGGAUAUGGUGGAAGUCCAGAUGAAAAUGGUGAAACUACAUUGGAUGCGCUUAUAAUGGACGGAAGGACAAUGAAUGUUGGUGCAGUGGGUGCAAUACGGAGGAUUAAGAGUGCAGCAUCAGUCGCAAGGCAUGUUUUAGAGCAUACGAAACAUUCUAUCCUAGUUGGUGAAUUGGCGACACAAUUUGCAGAACAAAUGGGUUUUCAAGAGGAAUCAUUAAGCACACCAGAAUCAAAAAGGAUAUGGUUGGGUUGGUAUUAUGCACACCACUGCCAACCUAAUUUUUGGACGGAUGUCACGCCCGAUCCAAGUAAAUUCUGUGGACCGUACAAAAAAUUAGAACAGAGAAUCGAUAAAUGGUUGCCCAUGAAAGUAGACAGACAUAAUCAUGAUACUAUUGGAAUGGUCGCAAUAGACAGUAAGGGAGACGUAGCGGCUGGGACUUCAACAAAUGGAGCAAAGUUCAAAAUCCCCGGACGUAUUGGCGACUCGCCAAUCCCUGGUGCAGGUGCUUAUGCAGAUAACGCUGUAGGAGGCGCUGCUGCUACUGGUGAUGGAGAUGUAAUGCUCAGAUUUCUACCAAGUUUUCUAGCCGUAGAAGAAAUGCGUCGCGGUAAGACUCCAACUGAAGCUGCUCGGGUAGCUAUAAAUAGAAUAGCAUCAUAUUACCCUGACUUCGCAGGGGCAGUAAUCGCUGUGAACGUUGAUGGAGUUUAUGGGGCAGCCUGUCAUGGUUUAGGAGACCAACCCUUUCCCUUUGUUGUUCAGCGUAUUACUAUGGAUAAAUAUAAAGUUGAAACUGUAAAUUGUUCCUGGCCACUAAACUAAAUGUUAGUUAAAAGAAAUGAAAAUAGAUAUUUUAAUGUUUAAUAUUUAUUGAAAUAAUUAUAGUUUGUGUAUAAAAUAAUGCAUAUUGUUUUAGAUUAAAAAUUUUAGUAUAUUGUUGACUUUUAUUUAAAUAUAUAUCU